AUGGCUAGUAGUUCGGCAUCAAAAAGUACUCCGUGUGAUUCUGGGAUAUCCACGGAGGCCGAGAAUGAUUCUCAAGUAUUUAAAAGAAAGUCGGAUGACAUAGGUUGGAACUAUGGUGUUCUAGCCGAUCCAUAUAACAAAGAUAGGGUGAAAUGCUUGUUAUGUGUUAAAGUUAUGUCGGGUGGUAUACGUAGAUUGAAAGAGCAUAUUGCUCAAAUUUCCGGGAAUGUUGUUUCAUGUAGAAAAGCAACACAAGAAGAUCAAGCUAAAUGUAGAAAUGCCAUUAAUGAGUCCAAAGCCAAGAAGAUGAAGACAAAAGAACUUCAAGAAGAGUUGCUAUCUUCGGUUAACAUUAAAGGGUUGAAUAUUGAGUCCUCUCAACAAUGCAAAAAAGCAAAAGAAUCUCACUCUCUUGGCCCAAUGGAUAGAUUUGCUACAACAAUCAACCCGGAAGCAUCAUUGAACGUGGCAAAGAUGAUGCGAGAACAAAACAUUAAUGAUGCUAUUUGGAAAGAACGGUCCAACUUGGUGAAAGAUUAUUUUGUCGAUUGGGCUUAUGAAGCGGGCAUAUCUUUCAAUGCACUUGAACUUGAUAGCUUUCUGCUCUUUACCAAAGUGCUCGAUCAAUUUGGGCCGAGGUGGAAGCCUCUUAGUUCAUAUGAGAUGAGAGAGCCAUUGUUGAAGAAAGCAGUUGAGAGAACAAAACUCAAGGUGAAGCCCCAUGAAGAUGAAUGGAAGAAGAGUGGUUGCUCGAUUAUGACGGAUGCUUAG